ACAUGGCGAGGAGCAGCACUGGCCCGUCUGAUAGAGCUCGGUGACCACCGCGCACACACUCCCCCUGGCCCUCACACGCACUCAGCACUCACCCUGACACGCACUCACCCUGACACACACUCACCCUGCAAGGAACUUGAGGCCUUAAUACCCCAUUCAUUUGCCCCUUUACCCCAGACACCCAUGGACUGAAUGAAGACUGCCUACAACGCCUUUAGAUGCCUAACCAAAGAUCUGGAUGCCUACAUCAUGAACCAGGAGAUGACAAUGGACAGUAUUGGCAGCUUACAUGGGGGCAGCAGCCAUGAGCAGGAUUUGAUGAGCAACCAUAGCCCUCACCACCACAGGAGCUCUGCAUCUCUAAGGAUCCACCAGGACUUGACUUCAGCAUCAUCCAGGUCCGCCAUGGUCUCCAGCAUGGCUUCCAUCCUUGAUGGGGCUGGAGACUAUAGACCAGAGUUGUCUAUCCCUCUCCACCAUGCAAUGAGUAUGCCCUGUGAUUCUUCCCCACCUGGUAUGGGCAUGAGUAGCACGUAUACCACUUUAACACCACUCCAGCCCUUGCCACCUAUUUCUACAGUGUCUGACAAAUUCCAUCAUCCUCACCAUCACCCUCAUCACCACCACCACCACCACCACCAGCGCUUAUCUGGUAAUGUCAGUGGUAGUUUCACCCUCAUGAGAGAUGAGAGGGGGUUACCAGCUAUGAACAACCUGUACAGCCCAUACAAGGAUAUGACUGGAAUGGGUCAGAGCUUAUCCCCUCUGGCUGGCACCCCACUGGGGAAUGGUUUGGGAUCCAUCCACAACACUCAACAAAGCCUCCACAACUAUGGACAUCCUGGUCAUGACAAAAUGCUUAGUCCAAACUUUGAUACUCAUACUGCCAUGCUCACAAGAGGGGACCAGCACCUGCCCAGAGGUCUUGGGACCCCUCCUGGUUCAAUGAUGUCUCACAUCAAUGGGAUUCAUCACCCUGGCCACCCUGGCCAUGCUCAAUCUCACGGGCCUGUGUUGUCCUCCAGCCGUGAAAGGCCGCCCUCCUCCUCUGGAUCUCAGAUAAAUAACUCUGGUCAGUUAGAAGAGAUCAACACCAAAGAAGUGGCACAAAGGAUCACUGCUGAGCUGAAGAGAUACAGCAUACCCCAAGCUAUCUUUGCCCAGAGAGUGCUGUGCAGGUCACAGGGUACUCUUUCAGACCUACUAAGAAACCCCAAACCUUGGAGUAAACUGAAAUCUGGGAGGGAGACCUUCAGGAGAAUGUGGAAAUGGCUUCAAGAACCUGAGUUCCAGAGAAUGUCAGCUCUCAGGCUUGCAGCAUGUAAACGCAAGGAGCAAGAACCGAACAAAGACAGGAACAACUCCCAGAAGAAAUCCCGCCUAGUUUUCACCGACCUACAGCGCAGAACACUAUUUGCCAUAUUUAAAGAGAACAAGCGCCCAUCUAAAGAAAUGCAGAUCACCAUCUCUCAGCAGCUGGGUUUGGAACUCACCACAGUCAGUAAUUUCUUCAUGAACGCCAGAAGGCGAAGUCUAGAGAAGUGGCAGGACGAUUUAAGUACAGGGGGAAACUCUUCAAACUCCAGCACUUGUAGCAAAGCAUGAGGGGGAAAAAGGCUUCUAAA